AUGGCAAAGCCCCAUGUUCUACUAAUACCAUAUCCGGCACAAGGCCAUGUUAUUCCUAUGAUGGAGCUUGCUCAACGCUUAGUUGAGCAAGGUGUCAAAGCUAUAUUCGUAAACACAGAUUUCAACCACAAGCUCGUGACAAGCAAUUGGUUAGAAAAAGAUGGUUUCGGGGAUCUAUUGCAGAUGGUCUCAAUCCCAGAUGGGCUAGAACCAUGGGAGGACAGGAGUGACAUAGGUAAAUUGUCAUUAUCAAUGUUGCAAACCAUGCCCAGUAAGCUGGUUCAACUUAUAGACACGAUUAACAAAGAAGAAAGCAGUAAAGUAACAUUAAUUAUUGCUGAUGGUGGUAUGGGAUGGGCCAUAAAGGUAGCAAAGAAUAUGGGAAUCGGAAGAGCAGCCUUCUGGCCUGCCUCGGUGGCUACCUUGUCCUCUAUGUUGUGCUUUCAGAAGUUGAUUGACGAGAGAAUCAUUGGCAAAAACGGCGUGCCUAUAGAUAAUCAGAUAAUACAGCUGUCAGAAACCAUGCCACCUAUAAAAUCUGAGAACCUCGGAUGGGCAUGCUUUAAGGAUGUGGCAACUGUAGAAGCCACUUUCCAAGUUGUAGUCGAUGUUGAAAAAGCUUAUCGAAUGACAGAAUGGUUUGUAUGCAACUCAACUACUGAGCUGGAGUCGGCCGCAUUUGACCUGUUCCCGCAUCUAUUGCCAAUAGGCCCUCUUCUGGCUAGCAACCGACUUGGUGACCAAGCAGGCCACUUCUGGCAAGAAGACUCCACCUGCUUAACAUGGCUCGAUCAACAACCAGCAAGCUCGGUCAUUUAUAUAGCAUUUGGGAGCUUCACUAUAUUUGACCAAACUCAAUUUGAAGAAUUGGCACUCGGUCUUGAGCUUAGCAACAUGCCAUUUUUGUGGGUGGUGAGGCCUGGUAUGACUGAAGAGACUACAGCUGUAUACCCAGAUGGAUUCAUGGAAAGAAUAGGCUCUCGUGGAAGAAUCGUGAGUUGGGCACCUCAACAGAAAGUCUUGGCUCAUCCUUCUAUAGCUGGUUUCAUGAGUCAUUGUGGAUGGAACUCUACUGUUGAAGGUGUGACAAACGGAAUUCCGUUCUUGUGCUGGCCAUAUUUUGCCGAUCAAUUUCACAAUGAGACUUAUAUUUGUGACAUCUGGAAGACUGGGUUAGGGUUAAACAAAGAUGAAGCAGGCAUCAUUAAUCAAAGUGAAAUAAAAUGUAAGGUAGAGCAGUUACUCGGUGACAAAACGUUCAAAUCUAAGGCCUUAGAUAUAAAAGAAAAGGUUACAAGCAGCGUGAGAAAAGGCGGAUGCUCACACAAAAAUCUGUGCAAUUUUAUUGAGUGGAUACAAGGAGAGACAGAGGAUAAAGAUCAUUUGCUGAUAUCUGAAGUUUCGAAUAUGAAGAUCUAAAACAGGUUUGAGAUGGGGCAUCUUAGUAUGUUACAUAACAUGUUCCAUGUACUAAAUGUAUGAGUACAACUAUAUUUGGGAGUUGGGUUGCAUAAAAAGAUCACUUUGUUUUCAUAUAUCU